AUGGAUACAUCAACAACAUUAUCCCCGAAUGCACACAACCUAAAUAAAGAAAUGGAAGAUAAUUACAAACUAGCGCUAAAACAAUUCAUCAACAAGAACUUCAUUGCUUCUUUCAAAUUAAGUAGAGUUUUAUUUUUAUCAUCAUUUAACGAAUACAAACAAGGUACGAUAUCAUUAAAUCUUUUAAUUAAAAUUAUCAACUUGUAUUUAGUAGUAAUUGGAGUAUGUUUAAAAGAACAUCAUUUAGAUCAAAUUCUUACAAAUUCAGCUAGAAAUUCAAUAAGUUCAAAUGAGGUGAAUAAUUUAUUAGGUUCUGUAUGGUCAACUUCAGAAAUCCCAACAGAAGUGAUUUAUAAUUUACAUUUAUUAUUUAUAUCAAAUCAAGACCUCAUAAAGAACAAAGAUUCAUAUUUAUAUGAUCUAAACAAGACAAUCUUAAAUAUAAAUCCACAAGAUAAAUACGGUGAAAAAUUAUUAAAUUUAGUUAAAUUUGAAAUAUAUCCCAAUUUUAAUGAAUUUGAAAAAUCAGAAAGAUUAAUAAAAGACAAUGAACAAGAAUUACAAAAACUUCAUCAAAUUAAACAAAUUAAAGAAUCAAAUGCUGAAAAAUUAAAACAAAAACAAUUAGAUGAUGCAAAAUUUGCUCAAGAUCUUAAAUUGAAAAAAGAUCAAGAAGCUAGAAAAUUAGCUCAUGAACAAAAUUUAAAAUAUAAAUCUAUAAAAGAAAUAACUAAUAGUUAUAAUAAUAAUCAAAGAGAAGUUUCAAGUAAUAAAGACCUCAGCAAAAAGGAAAAUUUAAAAGAAAAAUUAAUGUAUAUAGUUAACAUCACCAAAAAGUAUUUACAACAAAAUUCAAUCGUUCUCGUUGUUAUAUUAAUUCUAUUAUUUGGUUCAUCAAAAUAUUUGAAAGGGGUCAAUAUAAAAGAGAAAUUAGUAGAUACAAUCAAAAUGGCAUUUAAAUUUACAUAUAUAUAG